AGCAACGCGGCUCGUGGUGGUCGGGUCUAUAUCAGUCGUGAAGCCCCCAAGGCCCUUCAUGAUUAUCUCUCGCCCCCAUCAGUCUUUACAAUUGUCAACCAUCAAUCAUAUCAGUCUCAAGUCUCUGGCUUCACACGGCACACACGAGACGACGACGACGACGAAAUAUCGAGGAAUACAUUACACUCUCCCCUCUACCGUCUUUGCCUCAACCCUUCUCCGCACCAGACCCGGAGUGUUAUCAAUCCCUUCUCUCCGUGACCAGUCGCCUCGCUCUCGUGGACGCCGUUGCCAAACCAUUGCACGCUUGGAGACAGGUUGGACGAGGAUAGCAUACGCAAAAGACUUGAAAAGGCAUUUGCCAAUCAUUCAAGACGUCGGCAUCUCACAGCGCGGAACCGCCGCGGGCAUGAACAUUGCUGCAGUAGCAGUGACGGCAUAAGGUACAGCGAGAGUGUGGCUUUGCUCGGGCAAGGCGACAGUUGCGAAGCAGCUAUCCAUCCGCAUACUCUACCUACCCUACUCCAGAUCAUAUAACAUCGCUUUGCAACCGCCAACUUGAUCAGUUUUGACCGGCAACUACCGGUAACGCGCCCACCUCACCCACAACAACGGAAGUCAAAAAGGACAUCCCUAUUACUUCCUUAAAAUUCUUUCCAAAAUGGUCUCGUUGGAUCAAUCAUAUACCAUGCUCCCGAAGCACAUGGGCUCCGAGCACGACGACUACAUCCUUUACCCCGAGCCGCCGCAGGGAGUCUUCGGCUCAACACCCAUGGAGAUGGCCGUCCCUGCCGACGCCUCCUACAUGUACCCGACCUCGAUGGCCAUGGACGCUGCCUCGCUCUACGACAACAACUUUAUGUACCAGGGUCGCACAUCGCCCGGUCUCUACGAGGACGCUGACUUCCAAUUGCCCUCAUCUAACUUGUCCAUCGCCUCAGCUCCCUCGGCGGCCUCAUCAAACGUCGGCUCACCGCAAUCCCAACACGACCAGCCGGCGCCCAUCCACGACUGGGCGCAUCCCGGCAUCGCCGUGACCCCUGGCAUCGUGCCCCACGACUACUACAACACCACGGGCACCGAGUACUCGACCUACGGCGGCCCAGGCAUGGAAGACUUUGCGGCCUUCGACUUUGCCAACACCAAGCCCCCGGGUUUCGUGGACCCUUCUCUCAUCCACCCCGAUAUCAGCCGGCCCAUGGCCAUGAACGGCUUCCACCACAACCCUAACCAGUAUCCCGCAUCACCGGCCCUCUCCGCCUCAUCGCAGUCCAUGGUUCGUAACGGCAGCCAAUCGCCAUUCCUCCAUAACGGCUUCCAGCAGCAACAGCACUUCAGCCCCUACGCCACUCCUGCGGACGCCCGCCGCCCCAGCCUGCACUCGUUUCCUUCCACGUACUCGGACGGCAACAAUUACAGCGGCGACGAAGGCAGGGAGAAGCAGAGAUGCCCCCACCCCGAGUGCGGCAAGACCUUCAAGGACUUGAAGGCGCACAUGCUCACACACCAGAACGAGCGGCCCGAGAAGUGUCCCAUCGUGACGUGUGACUAUCACGUCAAGGGCUUCGCGCGGAAGUACGACAAGAACCGCCAUACUCUGACGCACUACAAGGGCACGAUGGUGUGCGGCUUCUGCCCGGGCUCGGGCUCCGCGGCCGAGAAGUCGUUCAACCGCGCUGACGUCUUUAAGCGUCACCUGACGGCCGUCCACGGCGUCGAGCAGACGCCGCCCAACAGCCGCAAGAAGAGCACCGGCACCAACAGCGGCAAGAAACUCGCCGGCUACCCCCCCGACGCGACCGGCAAGUGCUCGACGUGCUCGCAGACAUUCUCCAACGCCCAGGAUUUUUACGAGCACUUGGACGACUGCGUGCUGCGCAUCGUGCAGCAGGAGGACCCCUCAGAGGCUAUCAACGCGAAACGGCUGGCCGAGGUGGAGGACGACAAGGAGGUGCACCAGACUCUGGAGAAAAACCAUCUGCCGACGCAGACGCAGAUGGCUUCGACAGGGGCUUCGACAGGGGAGGAUGAGGAUGACGAGGACAUGGUCGAGGACGAGGAUGAGGAGGACAGCAAGCCUCGCCUCAGCUCGCCCUCCAAGAGGAAGGGCAACCCCGUCAACGGGGUGCAGAAGUCACGCGGCCUCACGCACUCGCGGGGCGGGGCGCCGAUGCUGGUUAAGGCCAAAGGUCGCAAGAACCGCCGCGAUUAUCCGUCGUCGUGGGGCUUUGACAAGGGCCAGAUGACGAUGAAGAAGCGUGUCAUGGCCGUGUUCGACGGUCCCCGGCGGCUGGCCAAGGACGACAUGAUGCUGUCGACGGAUCAUGAGGUGCGCGUCAAGCUAUCAGACGGCAACAGCUACGUGACGGACUUGGACAUGCAGACGCUGAAGCGGGCCGAGGGCUUCCUCGGCGCGACAGAGGAGGAGAAAGGGCCGUGGAUCUCGGACGACCCGACCGAGGAACAGAUCCGGCAGAUGCACGAGAUGCUCGAGAGCUGCCACGCGGCUCAGUAAUGGCAGGAGGUGGUGGAUGUUUGUCUGCGCUUGUUUGUUUGUGCGUGCGUGUCAUUUGCAACACUUGGAUUCAUGGAAGCGAAACGGGCGAGGACAUUCCUCUCGGUUAUGAAAGGAAAAGCAUAACUGGCGCAGAAAUUUGGCGAUACUUCUGGAUGGGGGAGGCGUGUGGUUUACCGAGGCAGUUUGUUUGGGCACGAUGAUGCUCACGACUGGGACGGACAGGCUCAUGUGUUUGCACCAGGAAAAGGUGUAUUAUUGAUUGACAGAUACCCUAUAUACCCAGACCGACGACGGUUUGAUGGUAUAGUACGAGAUGCUUCUCU